AUGAAGGUUGCUCGAGCGAAGGUCUUCACAUGUGCUGGUCUACACGUUUUGCGUACAGGGAACAAUCUGGGUGCCACUUUAGGCGCUGAACCAGACAACCAUCUAGGUGCCAAUUUAGGCACUGAAUUGGGCAGCCUGGGCGCACACGGUGAAGGAGAGGGGAGAAAGGAGGUGUCUGCUGCUAGACACGCUGUGGCGCGUGAGAAGGAGGCUUUAAGAGCUGCUACUAUGCGUCGAGCAGCUGGGCGCGCAGCACAGUAG